GUGCGUGCGUUUGGCCUAAGAUUUAAGACAAAGCUGGCAGCCUCCCUCGCCCGUCUCAGGAUUAAACAAAACCUGCGGACCAUUGCUGAUACCCUGCCUGAGAGUGUGAAAAUGAAAGAGGAGCAAUCACGAACCCUUCCAGUCCACGCAUGGCUUAAUACACUCAAGAGCAGCAUUGAGGAUGUGUGUGAGCAGCUACACGCUGGGGGUUUCUCCGAGGUGGACUCCCAUACCUGUGGCACUGGUCUGGUGUUCUGGAGGGACGCACACUGCUCCGAUGUGCUAGGAUUGCCCUCACACACCAAAGCUCAGCUAAUGAAUUCUCUGCUUAGCAGAGAGUAUAUUCUCAAUAUACAGGAGAAAUCGCGUAGUCUGGCAGCAUGUGCCGUGUGUCCCUUGUUGGUGGAAGAUAGUGAGGUGUUGAUGGUGGGGUCCUUCUCAGCACUCACCGUGGCACAUAUGGGCGUCCUGGCCACUGCCCGUUCAGCCAGAGUUAUUGUGUGUGGGGUGCCCCCCAACAGCAGUCAGAGGAAGGAGCUGCAGAAUCUCAUAUCCAGUGUGGGAUGUAAAAAUGUGAAGCUGCUGAGUGAGAGCUUUCUGAAGUUGGGUGAGUGGGAUGUGUGUGUGCAGAAGGUGAGAGUAGUGCUGCUGCUGCCUCAGUGUUCCAACUCAGCGCUCUGCAACCCUGUGGAGCACAUCAUUAAUGAGGACGGAGUCCCUUGA